CUCUGUGUAAUAAGUGUGAUCGGUGAGGGGCAAGGUAAUUUGUUUUGGUUCGUACAGUUUUUUUUAAUAAAAACGCUUUUCUCCAUCUACGAACAGUUAUUUAACGCAUACAACCAUAUUAUUGCGUCAUUUUAUCUGAAGCUGUGUUAUAGUACGGAUUGUUCGAUUUUAUCGUUCGGCACAAACAAUUAAUCACAGACAUUGUUUCAAUCUUUUUUUUCGCAACAAUUAACAAUACACAAUAAAAGAUGAUUGUUAAACAUGAAAUUAACGUUCCAUAUCGUAAGGCCACAUUUGGCAUGGGAUGUUUUUGGGGCUGUGAUUCAUUGUUUGGUGUAAUGGACGGUGUUUUACGAACACGAGUUGGAUAUUCAGGGGGUACAACGCCAGAUCCUGAAUAUCGUAACAUGGGCGAUCAUACAGAAGUAAUUGAAAUCGAUUAUGAUCCAACAAAAAUAUCGUACGCCGAUCUAUUAGAUAAAUUUUGGAAUUUCCAUGAAUAUAGUUUAACAGCACCAAUUAAAAGACAAUAUAUGUCCUUAAUUUUAUAUCAUGAUGAGGAACAAAAACAAUUGGCUACACAAUCGUUGAAAGAAGAAGCUGCAAAGAGUAGUGAAGAAUUAAUUACGGAAAUUAUACCAGCUGGUGCAUUUUAUCCUGCUGAAGACUACCAUCAAAAAUAUCGAUUGCAAGGUCAUUCCGAUUUAGUGGACGCAAUUGGACUUACACGCAAACUUUUACAGACAUCACAUGUGGCCGCUCGUUUAAACGGUUAUGUUGUGGGUUUGGGGGGUAUGGAACAAUUUGAAUCAGACAUACCAAAGUUGGGUCUCGAUGAUAAAACAGCUGAAUAUGUCAGAGAACAAUUACGGAAAAAUGAGGGGGGAAUGUUGUAUUGUUAACAAAAACUGUUCUUUUGUUUUUAUUUAAACGAAAUUUUUUAAUUGGUUAAUAUUAAAAAUGGUGAUGGGGAUCAUUUUUUUUAAAGAGACAAUAUUUUUUUAAAAAGACAGUUGUAAUCAAAGAAAUGGUAUACCGGUUUAUACUAUUACAUAAACAUUUUUUAAUUAAUCAAUAUAGGCAGUGUUUUUUAAUUAUUAGCUUUUAAUUUACUUUAAAAAAA